AUGCGUUGCAGUCAAGUCUCACUCGCCUUGACCUACGCGGCUCUCGCCUCGGCCUGCCAACGGGACUUCUUUGUCGAGAAGCGGCACACCCACCGCAAGCCCAUCACGAAGCGCGCCGACGACGUGUGGCCUCCAGUGCUUACAGAGGAGGAGACUAUCUUGGUCAAUGCCUUUGACAAUGUCACAGUCGACGAGUGGUCAGACUACUACGGUCACCAGGUCAAGCUUGCGGGACUCGGAAAGGAAGCGGCGCAGUGGACGGCAGAUCGGUGGACAGAGAACGGUUUCAAUGCGCAACUUAAGGAGUACCACGUCUACCUAAGCUAUCCUGUUCAUGCUUCACUGGAUAUCUCCUACCCCAAUGGCACGACAAACAAUGUCAGACUCGAUGAGGAUGUUCUGGAGGAAGACGAUGUGACGGGGAGGGAGGAUAGACAACCAACUUUCCACGGUUACUCUGCGUCAGGAAACGUGACUGGUGAAUAUGUCUACGUUGGACGCGGUUCCCAGGCAGACUUUGAUCGCCUCGUUGAAUUGGGAGUCGAGCUCGAAGGCAAGAUCGCACUGGCCAGAUACGGCGGGCUCUUCCGUGGCUUGAAGGUCAAGAAUGCGCAAGAUCACGGCAUGAUCGGCGCAGUUAUUUUCACCGAUCCCGGCGAUGACGGAAACCAGACCGUUGCGAACGGUUACGAGGCGUAUCCCCACGGACCUGCAAGAAAUCCUAGUGCCGUCCAGAAAGGCUCCGUUCUGUUCCUCUCCACUCACCCGGGCGAUCCAACCACCCCAGGCUACCCAUCCCACGAGGGCGUCGAACGCGCAGACAUUUCACCCGUCACGCCCAAAAUUCCUUCCAUACCAAUCUCCUACGCAUCUGCCGAGCCCCUGCUGCAGGCUCUUGAUGGUUUCGGCGUGUCCGCAGAGGAAGUCAACCGGACUAUCUGGGCGGGUGCGUUGAACGCCAACUACAAUUCAGGGCCAGCCCCGGGAGUCACCCUGCACCUGGACAACUUGAUGGAAGGGAAGAUCACGCCUAUUUGGAACGUCAUUGGCCAAAUCAACGGCACCAACGCCGACGAGACGAUUGUCAUUGGGAACCAUCGCGACACCUGGAUGAUCGGAGGCAACGGAGACCCCAACUCUGGAUCCGCCAUCUUGGUUGAGUUCACGAAAGCUGUCAACGUUCUUGUAUCCAAGGGCUGGAAGCCCAAGAGGAACAUCGUGAUCGCGUCCUGGGACGCUGAGGAGUACGGCCUCGUCGGCAGCACUGAAUGGGUCGAGGAUCAUGUCGACUGGCUUACCGAGACAGCCGUGGCGUAUCUGAAUAUUGAUGUGGCAGUAUCAGGCCCAAGGCCUGCCCUUGCAACCACACCUGAGCUGCAGACCGUCGGCACUGAGAUCUUCAAGAAGAUCAUCUAUCCCAACUUUGGCGGCUUCAACAUCAGCCUCUACGACGCUUGGCUGGAGUCCUCUGAAGGAAUAGUUGAGUCGUUGGGCAGCGGUAGUGACUUUACAGGCUUCUUGCACCGGGGUAUCAACUCGGUAACAACAGCUGACUUGUCCAAGCUCGACGUUGGUUCCAACAAUGGCGCGACCGAUCCAAUCUGGCACUACCACUCCAAUUACGACACCUACCACUGGAUGGCCAACUUCGGCGACCCAGGCUUCCUCGUCCACGCCGCCAUUGGCCAGUACCUCACGCUCCUCGCCUACCACCUCGCCGACGACGAGGUCCUCCCCAUUGACGUGCCAAACUACGCCACCGAGCUUCGCGCAUACCUCUCUGAUCUGGAAGAGUACGCUGAAUCCGAGGGCGCCGAGAUCGAUCUCUCCGAACUCUCCGACGCCAUCGAGGUCUUUGCGACGCGGGCCGAUGAGGUCAAGGCUUUGGAGCAGCUCGCUGUCACAACGGGCGACGCGGAUCUGAUCACCGUUGUGAACCACAAGUACCGCGACUUCCAGCGGGGAUUCAUUAGCCAGGGUGGUUUGCCUGAUCGGGAGUUCUACAAGCACGUCAUCACUGCUCCGGGCCUGGACACCGGAUAUGCUGCUGUUUUGUUCCCUGGCAUCACUGAAGGCAUCCAGUACGGCAAGGGUAACCUCACCGUCGCCGAGGAGUGGGUUUCAAAGACUGCUCGAGGCAUCCUGCGGGCUGCCGACAUUAUCAAAACGUAA